ACAGCAGUCAAGACGCAAAGCAUAAAUGAUCGCGCACCAAAGGAAUAACACCAAAGCAGCCGAAGAGAACGCACUUCACUUUAUGUAUGCGACACUGUGAACCAUGAAGAAGAAGAAUGAAUGCGCAAGCCGGAUCCCGAGCCGAUCAUUCCCGUCAGUCGAGUGGAAUACUUCAAUCGGUCAACAGCACCAAAUGUUCUAAUUUAGAAAAAUUGACUGACGGAAAAAACAUAAUUCGAAAUCUGAUCGUUCAUGUGUUCGUUUUAGGACGGGAACGUUUUCUUCGUAGAAAAAAACGUUUACCAAGCGACAAGUGAGGAGCCAUGGUGACGUUAAAAUCAACAUUUGUUGGAGUUAUAUUCUAUUUAGUUUUAGUAUUAGUUAAAGAUUUAGCAGAAUGUGUGGCCCAACAGACGGAUGUACAGUCAAACCGACCAAGACGCGCUUUUAAUCAUCGACAUGGGAUCGGUCAUACGACAAACACUGAUCGCUCAUCAUCGUCAUUUUUAUUGCAUACACCGCUUGAAGCAUUACACAGCACAAUAUUUGCGCCCAGUCGAUAUGUACAUCAACGAUUUCAAGCGCACACACCGGCAUCAAUCCUAACAAAAAAGCGACUGAACAAACAUCGUACAACGACUAUGCCAACAGUAUCGACGACACCGUACUAUCGUGGCGAUCAGCAGCCACAAAUCGAUGGAGAUAUUGAGGAAAUUAUACCACUCGGCGUUCGCAAUCAACCAAUCACUAGGCAUCCCAUUUAUUUCAUCAACGAUCUCGACAAAACCGAACCAUCAUAUAGACCGCGAAAGCCCGUUCAUCCGUGUGAGAAGAGUUCAUGUUACCCAGCCACUGGAAAUCUGUUGAUUGGUCGUGAGGAUCGAUUAAGGGCAUCGUCGACAUGUGGUACACGCGGUCGUGAGCGUUUCUGUAUCGUAUCACAUUUGGAAGAGAAAAAGUGUUUCUCCUGCGAAACCAACGAUUAUACCGUCAAUGAUCCACGGUUAAAUCAUCGUAUCGGACAAAUUAUAUACAAAAAUCAGCCGGGAACGCGUGAACAAUCAUGGUGGCAAUCGGAGAAUGGCAAACAAAAUGUUACCGUUCAAUUGGAUUUGGAAGCCGAAUUUCAUUUUACGCAUUUGAUCAUCGUUUUCCAAACUUUUCGCCCGGCCGCAAUGUUGAUCGAACGGUCAUACGAUUUCGGUAGGACGUGGCACGUUUAUCGAUACUUUGCGCAUAAAUGUCAUGAAGCGUUCCCGGGCAUACCACGCAUCACGAAGAAUAUCACCGAUGUGGUGUGCGAUGAACGCUACUCAAGCGUUGAACCAUCGAAAAAUGGUGAAGUGAUUUUCCGUGUUUUGCCACCACAACACAACAUUGAAAAUCCAUACGCUGAUCACAUUCAAAACAUGCUGAAAAUGACCAAUUUGCGUAUCAAUUUCACACACUUGCACAACUUGGGCGACACGCUGCUCGAUGAUCGUGAGGAAAUUCAGGAAAAAUACUACUAUGCAAUUUCGAAUAUGGUUGUUCGUGGUUCGUGCUCAUGUUAUGGUCAUGCAUCGCACUGUGUCCCAUUGGAUGAUGCAUAUGAUAAUAAAAUCGAUAUGGUGCACGGCCAGUGCGAAUGUACACACAACACCCAAGGAUUGAAUUGUGAAGAGUGCAAAAACUUUUACAAUGAUUUACCAUGGAAGCCAGCUUUGGGCAAACAAACCAACGCUUGCAAAGCCUGUAACUGUAACAAUCACACCGAAAUUUGUCACUUUGACGCGGCGGUCUAUGAGCAAUCGGGUCGCGUGAGUGGUGGUGUUUGCGACAAUUGUCAGCACAAUACUCAAGGUCAACAUUGUGAAGAGUGUAUUCCAUUCUUUUAUCGGGAUCCAAAUGAGCCAAUUACGAGUCCAUAUGCUUGCAGACGUUGCGAUUGUGAUCCACGUGGUUCAACGGAUGAGGGAAUUUGCGACUCAAUUACUGACGAAGAAAACGAAGCGGGUAAAUGUCACUGUAAAAAGAAUGUCAUGGGCAGACGAUGCGAUACAUGUUUGGAAGGAUUCUGGAAUUUGGAUGCUAACAACACAUUGGGUUGCCAGGAAUGUACGUGCAAUACUCUGGGUACAGUUGGAAAUUUGGGCUGUAACGUUUUCACCGGUGAAUGUGUGUGUAAGCGUUUGGUAACCGGAAAAGAUUGUAAUCAAUGUAUGCCAGAGACGUACGGUUUAUCAACCACUCAAGACGGUUGUCUAUUGUGUGACUGUAGCUCAGGUGGAUCGUACGAUAACAAUUGUGAUGUGCUCACCGGGCAAUGUUCGUGUCGACCGAAUAUGCAAGGUCGCCGGUGUGACAUUCCAAAGCAAAACUACUUUGUGCCAUCGUUGCAAAUCAUACAUGAAGCUGAAGUACCGCCAGCCGAAUGUGAACCAGGAUAUUCGAGCUAUGGAAAUUGUACAAUCGUGUUGCGCGAGCCACCGACCGAAGGACGACCACCAUGGACUGGUCCUGGUUACACUCGUGUCAAUGAAGGAAACGAAUUGGUAUUCACCGUUGAUGAUAUACCAAAAACCAUGCCAUACGAUGUUGUGGUUCGCUAUCAAACUCAAUCACGCGGUGAUUGGGAAGUGGCAAAAAUUACAAUCAUCCGCCCUGAUGAGUACAAUCCAAAUGGUCCUUGCCCAAACUCACAUCCAAGCUACGAAGAUCGUGUUCCAUUCACAUUGCCAGAACGUGACUCGAGCGUGGUGGCUCUGACCAAUGUGUGCUUUGAACAAGGAAAAAUCUACAAAAUCAAAUUGCUGUUCGAACGUCAACGCAAGCAAGAAGACAAUCCAGCCGCUCAAAUUCUGAUCGAUUCAAUUGCGGCAAUUCCACGUAUCGAAGCUACACCACUAUUGAAUGGUCCAGAUGUUGGCAGUCGCCAACUCUUUGAAGGGCAAAAUUGUAAUUCAACAUUCUAUCGUGUCGAUUUUGAUGAUACAUCGUCACCGGAAUGUAAGGCUAUUUUGGAUGAUGUCAGUAUUUAUGUGUUCGAUGGUGCAACCGCUUGUAAUUGCAACCCAACCGGAUCAAACACGAAAAAAUGUAAUGAAUUCGGUGGUCGAUGCCAAUGUAAACCGAACGUUGUCGGAAGACAGUGUGAUCGAUGCGCUCCAGGAUACUACGGAUUUGGGCCAGAAGGUUGUAAAGCUUGUGAUUGUAACAGCAUCGGUGCUACCGAUAAUAAUUGCGAUCAAGUAACAGGACAAUGUAAGUGUCAUCCGAAUACAUAUGGACGUAUGUGUGAUCAAUGUCAACCUGGAUACUGGAAUUUCCCAAGCUGUCAAAGGUGCGAAUGUAACGGUCAUGCUCAACUGUGUGAUCAAAUAAGUGGCGAGUGUAUAGACUGUGCCGAUUACACUUCGGGACGUAAUUGUGAACGUUGUAUCGAUGGAUUCUACGGUGAUGCAUUGCUCGGAAGUGAAGUGGGAUGCCGUGAAUGCCGCUGCCCCGAUACAGUCGCUUCGGGUCACAUCCAUUCCGAUUUCUGUCAAUUGGAUCCACGUACAAAGGACAUGAUUUGCUAUUGUCGUGAAGGAUAUGCUGGUGCCAAAUGCGAUAUUUGUGCUGAAAACUAUUUCGGUCAUCCGGAACUUGUGAACGGAACGUGUCAACCAUGUAACUGUAAUAAUAAUGUCGAUCCAUCUCGACCGGGCAAUUGUGAUUUGCACAACGGAACAUGUUUACAGUGUUUAUACGAAACGGCCGGUGGAAAUUGUCAAUACUGUCGCGAUGGAUUCUUCGGUAAUGCACUGGUACAAGAUUGCCGUCGAUGCGAUUGUGAUGUGCUGGGAACAGAUGGUCAAAUUCAAUUCUGUGAUCGAACUGAUGGCCAGUGUCCAUGUUUGAAAAAUGUUGAGGGAAUUCGAUGCGAUCGCUGUAAGGAGAACUUCUGGAAGAUUGCCAGCGGAGAUGGUUGUGAGGCUUGUAAUUGUGAUCCAGUCGGUUCAGAAGACAAGCAAUGUAAUCCAUACGAUGGACAGUGCCGUUGUAAGGAUGGAUUUGGUGGUCGACAAUGUAAUGAGUGUCAAGCCAACUUCUGGGGCAAUCCAAAUGUUGAAUGCCAUCCAUGUGAGUGCGAUCACUAUGGUUCAGCCACACAACAAUGCGACCGUACAACCGGUCAAUGUAAAUGUGUGCAAGGAAUUGGUGGUUACAAAUGUAAUGAAUGUGCUCGUGGCUACUUGGGACAGGCGCCAUAUUGUUCGCCAUGCGGUGAAUGUUUCGACAAUUGGGAUUUGAUUUUGAAUUCGUUGAGAGAAGAAACGAAACGUGUUAUUGAAGAAGCCAAGCAAAUUAAGACGACUGGCGCCACCGGAGCUUAUACCAAGGAGUUUGAUGCAAUGGAAAAGCAAAUCGGUUCAAUUCGAAGCGUUUUGAACAAUGUCACCAUUAGUUCGCAGGAUAUUCGUGUUUUGGAAAAUCUAGAAGAGGAUCUACGCAAACAAUUGAACAAUUCGUUGACGGAAUUGCAAGCAUCGGAAACUCGAUUGGAAGAUCUGUACUCGAGUGUUAAUUUGGCAAAUGUUGCCCUAGAUGGACUCCGUUCACGCGGUGAAGAUAUCAAAGGUGUUGCCAAUGAAUUAAAAGCGAACUCGACACAAUUACAAGAAGCCAAUAUCGAGGGUGCAUUGAAUUUGACGCGACAAGCAUGGCAAAAGGCUAAUUUAUUAUCCCAAUUGAACGCUGAAGCACAAGACUUGAGCGCCAACGCGGAAAGACAAUGCCAUCGCACCGAACAAUUGGUAAACCGUUCAAUUGACGAGUUCAACGCUCUUCAGCAACAGAACGAGAAUACUUUGGAUCAAUAUUUGGCGGAUUUGCAAAACCUCACUUCCAAAAUUCCAGAUUUGAACGAACAAAUUUGCGACAAACGUGGCGAUCCAUGUGACAGUGUUUGCGGUGGUGCUGGCUGCGGUACUUGCGGUGGCUUCUCCUGUGAGAACGGAGCUUUGACUCGCGCUCAAAAGGCGUUGGAAUAUGUCAAAGAUGCCGAAGCAAAGAUUAAGUCUAAGGAAGAUGUUGCUGAUGAUCUUAUUCGAUCGUUAUCUCAAGCCAAAUCCAAUGCAACCGAAGCAUACAAAAAAGCUGAAAACGCUCUUUUACUUGCCAAUACCUACUUGAACCGAACUAAAUCGAUGAUCAUUGAUGGAAAUGACUUGAUUACCAAUUUGACAGAAAUCUUGAACAACAACACCGCAUCACCGUCCGAAAUUAAGAAGCUGGCUGAAGAGACAUUGGAGUUGAAAUUGCAAUUGGACCCAGAGCAAAUCAAAGAGUUGGCUACCAAAAUCGAUGAUACCGUUUCGAAAUUGGAAAAUGUUGAUACAAUUAUUCAAAACACUCGUUCUGAUUUGAAUCGCGUCAACAAUCUCAAGGAUGUCGCUUCGGACUCAAACACACGCGCCGAAAAUGUCUUGACCCAAGCGAAAGACUUGCGGAAAUCACUUGAAGAAGCUGAUAACGCACAACAGAAAGCAAAGGACGCAAUCAAGCAAGCAAAUGAAGAUAUCGCAUUGGCUAAAGAUGAUUUGGAGAAGAUUGAUGGAGUGACUGUUGAAGCUCAAGUGAAGGCAAACGAAACUGCUGCUAAAGUCGAUGAAUUGUUUGACCAAUUGAAUAAAUUGCAAAAGAAUGUGCUCAAGAACGAGUUUGAUGCCAAGGAAAUCAAGACUCAAUCGGAAAUUGUUCGUGAUGAAGCCAACAAAGCUCACGAAGGCGCAGUUAAAUUGAAGAACAAUUAUCGCGAUGCAAAUGAUUCAUUGACCGACAAAGCCAGUUCAACAGAGAGUGCACGUGCACGUGCCCAACAAUUGCUGCAGCGUGCCUCAGUGGUAACAGUUAGCACACAGAACAAAUUGGCACAGCUUCAGAGCAUGGCUGACACAUAUCAAUACAACGAACGUGAGCUUCGAAGCUUACAGGCUCGAAUUGAUUCGCUGAACAAUGAAAUGAUCGGAUUUUUGGACCAAAUUCAAUCACGAUCCGAGUACUAUCGAACGUGCUCAUCGUAAUAGUCGUGUUAGUAUUUAAUGAAUCAACAACAAACUGCAAAGUAGCAUUUACCUGAGAAGAAAAACUUAAAACAUACAUGUGUGCCAAUUCAAUCAAUAAAGUAAAUAAAACAUAAACAAUAUUCAUACACAAAGAGAAAAAAAAAGAAACAAAAAUAGAAGUUAUAUUAGAUAAUGUUGGUUUAUUUACAUUUCUGGUUAGCUUUACUGUUAAGAAAUCUUAGUUGUACUAAUGAUAAAAAGAAAAAAAUUAUGAAAAAAAAGAAAAAAAAUAUCUUUAUCCAACCGUUUGAUUCGAUCAUUUGUAUGAAUUAAUGAUGCCAUAGACGCUAUAAAUCUAUAAUUCGUUUGUGCCUUACAGCUAGAUUUAUUGAGAGAGAAACAAAUACAAAUUUAUAAUAAAAAUGACACAGAAUACACAGAAACCACA